AUGAAGUUGGACGUCUUCGCCCCCCAAGCCAACGGCGAAGCCGAAACGGGCGGCGACCUGGAAGGGGCGGGCGGCGGCGGCGUUGGCUCGUCGUCUCCCGUCUCGGGCCCCGGAGUGGACGAGACGGGCUCCGGCGGGGACUGCGCCGCCCACUGCCCGGGCAGCGGCGAAGGGGCCGCAGCCGGGGGAAACUCGGCCGGGGCCGGGGCCGCGGGGGUGGCCGGGGGCGGGCGCACCAAGCCGUACACCCGCCGGCCAAAGCCCCCCUACUCGUACAUCGCGCUGAUUGCCAUGGCCAUCCGCGACUCUGCCAGGGGCCGCCUGACGCUGGCCGAGAUCAACGAGUACCUCAUGGGCAAGUUCCCCUUCUUCCGCGGCAGCUACACGGGCUGGCGUAACUCGGUGCGCCACAACCUGUCGCUCAACGACUGCUUCGUCAAGGUGCUGCGCGACCCUUCGCGGCCCUGGGGCAAGGACACCUACUGGAUGCUCAACCCCAACAGCGAGUACACGUUCGCCGACGGGGUCUUCCGCCGCCGCCGCAAGAGGCUCGGCCACAAGGCGAGGGCGGCCGCGUUGGGUCCCUCGGCCCGUCCUACCGCGGAGGGGCCGUUGGUCGCGGGUCCCGGGCCCGCCCGCCUCCUCCCGCGCCCAUCGGCCUUGGCUCCCCUCCCGCCCGCCCCCUCGUUCCCGCCGCGCUGCAAGGAGGAGGAGGCGGGCGCGGGCGCCAGCGCCUAGUUCUCCAGCUCCUUCGCCAUCGAGAGCAUCCUCAGCAAGCCCUUCCGCCGCGGCGGGGAGCCGGGCGCCAAACCACGGCCGCAUCCCCCACGGCCUUGCGGCUGCUGUGGACCGCCGGCUACCCGGCACUCGACCCGUACAGCGCGGCCCCGCAGCCUCAGCCCUCCGCGGCUCUCUUCUCCGGAGGCUGUGGAGGAGGAGGGGGCGCGGCGGGAGGCGGGUCUCUCCUGCAGCUAUACGCCUAAGGCCUUCAAUGAGCCGCAGCUUCUGGAGGCUUGGAGGAGGGGGGCGCCGCCGGCCCCCAACACCGACCCUUGCUCAGAGCCUCCGCCGGAGCCGGGACAUCCUCCGGGUCAACCGCAGCAGCAGCAGCAGCACCAUCUCUUCCUCUCCGCUUCUCUGGCCGCCGCUGCCAAGGUUUUCCGCGGCCCGCAGGCUGGAGGCGGGUCGCAGCUGUACUGCCCCCUCCGGCUGUCCGCGGCCUCCCGCUACGGGCCCAGCGCCUACCUGACCUACCCCGUGGAGACGCUCCUCGCCUAA